GUCAGACAUGAAGGUGUUGGUGCUUCCUCAUAGCGGAUAAGUUUGAGCUGCGUGGAUGGAGCGCUUUGUGCUGCUGCUGGAUGGACUGACAGCAUCAGUUUACUGUGAGUGGAAACCUCAUCAGACAGUUUGAAGAUGGAGUUUGGAAGAGUUUGGUCCAGACAUCAGAGGACGCUGCUGCUCACCAUGAUGAUGUUCAAACUGGGUAAGAGUGCGACAUGUGCACGUAAACUUUUCAGACAUAAUAUCAGAGGAGAAAGUUUUUAUGGACUAGGAUUUUACAUGAGGAAGAAAAAUAUUAACAAUUCAACCUAAAAGUGAUGACUGUCUUAGGUAUAUGCGUGCCUGUGUGUGUGUGCAACCGUGCAUGUUUACAAUAUGAGUAGGCAUCAUAAGUAUGUAUUUUAAUGUGUUUUUUGAGCCAGGAUAGGAAACUGUAAAAACAAAAAAAUUUAUACUUUUUGAUUUUUAAAUGAUCAACAAAAAGAUUCAUAAAAAGAUGCCCAAUUUGCUUUCUUUUUGUAACUUUAGUGUCAGGUCUAGUUGGAGUGAGUACAUCUCCCUGAUUCCCAUCAAGUAAUGAACUAAUUAAACAGGAUCUAAGUACCUGUUGUCUGUACUGCACCAGUCCUGGGGUGUAUGUGAGUGUGUGUUCGUUGUGGGUGUAAGUACAGGAGUCUUGGUCAACCCCUGUACCUUAUGAAUGAAUCCUCGGUGACCCAUUUUUCCCGCGACCUCUAUUUGUGUGGAGUGUCUGUGGCUUUUUUAAACGAAGGCUGUGUGGAGGCAGGGAUUGGCUGCGGGUGGCAUUGUUAAAGAUCACCAUGGUUACAUGCUGAGCGUCCGGCUGCGCUGCUGCACAGUUUUUUUGUCUUGGCUUUGAAUGGCGAAGGGGGGGGUGAUGGGUAUUAAGAAGGAGCAUGGCAAGAGACCUGGCACUUUGAGCCCUUAAAGACCGAGGAGCAAAACUUAAACAGGAGGUAGAGUGUGUGUGAGGAGAGAGAUGACAGCUUUAAACAAUAUAUAUUCUGGAGAAAAGUUUAAGCAGGACAAGGAUCGAGUCAGAAAGAGGUCCAAUAAAUGCAGACUGCUGGCAGUAGUGAGACAUAUGUGAACAACAGCAGCUCCUGAGAAAGCGGAAGCAGCCUAUAUAAAAAGCUGCCAUGUCCAGAUGAUGCACACAGGAGAUAAGUGAAGAGGCAUCCAAUGUGAAGCUGUGCCUGAAUUUAUUCAAGAAACAAACCAGACGGACCACAAAUAUGGCGGUUGAUGGUGGUUUGAAGUUGGGCUAUUGCAAACAGAAAAAUUCUAAUACUCACAAUUAAUCAAAGUUAUUUGGUAUAAGUCCAUAUUCACAAUGUAAAAUAAUUCUUCAGUCUUGAUUUAGGAAACAAAAAAAUACAAUUAAAUCUACUGUAUGAUGUUUUCAACUUGUACUCUACACUGUAGCUACAUUAUGCUGACCUACACCAUCAUGGGCACCUUAUACCUGUGCAAUGCUGCAGACUCAUGGCUCUACAAUACUCCUCCUAAACGCUGGUUGGCAGUGUAAUGUCUAUACUCUUCAUUUCACCAGUUUUUGGUCCUGGUAUCUUCCAGUUUUGGUCGUGUAAAAGAAACCGCAGUAGUUUAAUCCCAGCGUAAUAUGCUGAAGUUGAAGCUCUUACAUUUAGAGCAACUGUUCAAACUGCAGUUAUUGCAAAGAAGAAAAGACAAGAGACAGAAUAUACAUCCCCUGAAGAGGAGGAAAGGGAGUGGCAGCAAUACUGAAAUUAUCUGCUACCAACCAGAAAAAUCACUUGUAGCUUGUUGUCUGUGUUGUUUUAAUGCAAAAUUUGACUUUAGGUGCACAUCAGGCUUCUUUAUAGACCUAUGGAGUAUGCUACAGUCUGGGUCCAACACAGGGACAACCUCAAAGUGCUACUUUUGCUGCUGAUUUGCCCUCCACUUCAUCGAGAGAUUCAGACCUGACUCGACAGAAUAUGCAGCACAGCUCCUGGUACAGACUCUUGUAAUAUCAUGCAUUGACUACCGCAACUCCUUACUGGCAGGCCUCCUUGCAUGCACAGUUAAACCUCUGCAAAUGAUCCAGAAUGUAGCAGAACGUCUGGUCUUCAACCAGCCCAAGACUGCUCAUGUCACUCCUCUGUUCAACUGACUUGAAAAGUUGGACAAUCCUCACCAACCCCGACUUGAUGACAACGUCAUAAUCCAAGAUGGCAGCAACAGUAAAUAGUAACAGUAAAAGUUCUUGUAAUGUGUUAUUUAUUAGCACUUCUGUUUUGUUUUUGUGAAAGUAAAUAAGGGGUAUAAAAGACUGCAUUAUGCGUUGUCUAACAACCGCUGACAAUGGCUAACAACAACUGACAAUUGCCAACGACAGCUGACAAUUGUUAACAAUAGCUGACAGCGGGUGACAGUAGCGUCCAUCUUGGUUUUCCGACUGGUUUUUCUUAACUGAAACGGCGUCAACUUGGGUGUAACGUAAUUCCGAGCUCCGACAUCGGACUUCCGAGGUAACUCAAAUGCAGCAUUAGGUCAAGUGGAACUAGAAAAAGGCUUUGUUAUUAGGUGAAGCUGGUAUGUUAGUCACUAUAGCAACUACCUUUCCUGGUGUCAACAAACUUCAAGAACAUCUAGGCAGAAACAAAGUCUCAACAAAAAUCCAACCUCUUUUAAUCUGUGAAAAACACCCUUCCAAUAAAAAGAGGUUAACUUUGACUUUUCUCACGACUGCUCUCAAAACAGAUUCCAAAGUAAUUUAUUCUUUUAUGGAUGAAACUACAGAUGCAACAAUUACAAACAUCCGAAGUUCAAAAAUGCAAAGAAAGAAUCUCAAAUAUUUCAAGUUUUUCAACCGUAAGAACAGAUGAAAAAGUGGUUAAAUGUACAAAAUACAAAACCUUUUUUCCAAUGCAAACUUUUUCUUAUGUUUGUUUUUAUAGAUUAGAUCAUUUCUGUUUAAAAUAGAGGUCAAAUAAAGUAUAGAAUUUGUUCAAAUACUUUCUUACUCUGAGAUAAGAGAGGAAACACAUGGCUGAUAGUCUUUCUGUUUUCUCUGGGCUUCUGUAAAGGUGGCUUUACCAUGCCUUCAAAGAAGUCCAAAUCAUCAGACACUUGUUCCUGAAAGUGACGCAGCUUUCGCAGCGGCUCACACAGGAGACAAAAGGAUGUGCGUCUGUGACUCAGUGUGUAACUGUGACUGAUUCAGGGAGGAUUUGUGCAUUUUUUUGUAUAAAGCCGAGCAGCCACCUGCCGAGGGGCCCAUGGAGCACAAAGCUGAACCCGAGCGGAGCUGCCAGACUCUCGUGGUGAUUCAAUAAAAUUCCUCAGAGCUCGACUUGUGAGUUAGCCAGGGGCUUCCCUUUCUGCUGUGAUUCAUUGCACUGCUGCCUGCUCUGCCCUGCAGAGGGGUCUCUGUAGCGGCUCUGUCAGGCUGUUUCCGUGAGUCGGAGCGAACACUUUGUCUCACUAUCCUCCCUACCUCUCACACCUGCCAAGAGAUAAAAUAUAUCCUGUCUGGUUUAAGAGUCUUUAUCUCAUUGAGUCAUUCGAAGAUGUAAUUGAAUUACUUUUAAAAAAAUGACCCUUUCACACAGAAAAGAAUAAAUUAAUGGUAUAAGAACUGUAAAUAUCCAGAGGUUAAACAGAAUCUGAACUAAGUCCUUAAAGGGAUAGUUCAGUUUUUUCCUGUGGGGUUGUUAUAUGUAACUUGACACUAGACAGGGAAUCACAACGGAAGCUCAUGGGAUCAACUCCAUCACAUAACUAAUUUAAUUAACAUCAACCAAAACACUAACGUCUGUAAAUGUGUUUGUAUGCACAUUUAAGUUGAGCUACAGUUAUAGCUCGGUUAGGAGACUACACUGGAGUACUGUCUUAGUCAUAGUAUACAAGUAUCAGACAGUGUUUCCAACUCUUCAGUGAGGAAAGUCGCUAGAGGCUGUCGUAGAAGUCGUUGGAUGACGUCAUCGGCCAAUUUGCAUAAUUUCUCAGUCAAACCCGCCUCACCAGCUACCCAUUGAGAAGAGUAACAUCUAUACCUGCUUUCAUGUCAGAGUCUCUAAACUCCACAAGAAGUCGCUAGUUUUGUCACUAAGUGCAUUUUUAAAAAUAAUGCGCUAGGUGGGUCUGAAAAGUCGCUAAAUCUAGCAACAGUCUUGCUAGGUUGGCAACACUGGUAUCAGGCAAAAACUGAUUUAUUGAAGAAAAAAUAAAUCCUAUGGCCCUGAUGAGUAAUACAAUUGACAGCUAAGGUGGUAGUAAUUGCAGGGUACCGCUGUGGAUCUAUGGUUAAAGCACAUACACAGCUGCAACAGUGCGGUGGUCAUGAGUUUGACUUGCAGCCACCUCUCUGUGAUCACCUACCCUCUACCUCAUACAUUUACUGUGUGUCUUGUCUGUCUUAGCUGUCUUAUCCAGUAGAGGCAAAAAACACUUAAAAAAAUAAAAUGUAACACAAGCUGAGCGACCAUCACAGGAGCUCUACAGGAUAAGCUAACAGUUGGGUUUUAAUAUGGGCUACCAAAUGCAAAUUAUUUACAAACUAGAGUACAUUAUAUUACUGUUGUAAUGUACUGGACUUUAUUGACGUGUCAGGGUUAACUUCACUCUCUUGGAUUAAAGUCCUUUCUUGUUGAGUCAUCAAUCGUCCCCGAAAAGUUACCUUAAUUGAUAAUAGUGCUCCUCAAACUUUUUCACUUGACCUUAUCAGUAGCUACAUGAAAUGACAGGCCAGAGGGCAACAUCUUAAAAUAACUUAGAAAUAAUAUAAAUAAUAGUAAAGAACCUACAGCGUCAUAUUUUAUUUUCUGUAGAUUGUAAGACAAAGCCAUGAGUUUAAUCUUUAAAAAAUAGCUGAAACACUUUAUAAAACAAGAAUCUCAGAGGAAUGAAACAACAGCUUCACACGUGACGUGACUCCCUGUUUCCCAUCAGAAUUAUUUGUGAAGUUGUCUUUAAACUGAAUCCUUUUGAAAAGGGCCUGUGAGGUCUCUGAAGAGCACCGUGGGUUUGAUCCUGACACCCCCUCUACUUGGUAACAGUCAUCAUCUCUGCUCAGUGUUACUGCUGGUACCAGUCAGUGUCAGGGUGUCCACUCUUUCAGGCCAUAACCGUGAUCUAUGGAGUGCUCUGAGAUGAGUGGGGGGGUGUUUUUUAAGAAGAGGAGGGGCUGUUAUCAGCUCCCUGGAAUGUGUGAGGGCUUGAUUGGCUCUAGAUGGAGGGGUGAGGAGUGAGGAGACCCCCACAGCCUCUGCCUCAUGGUUUAAGAGAUUACAUGUAGUGCUGGUUAACAUGGUUCUGAUUACUGGUCUUGGGUAAGAUGUUAGUUGACUUAAAUGAGAGAAGGCAAAUGAAAUAGAAAGAAAAAGUAAAUGAUGAUCUCAGCUCAUGUGAGAGGAAACAAAAGGGAGGAACAUAAAGACAUGAUGUAAUGACUGAGGCCAUCAUGACUGAGAUAAGGAGGAAGAAAUAUGGAAAACAUUUAUCACCUUCACCAUCAGAUGUGGGUCAGUUAUCUCAUUCUGAGGAUUUCACUCACUGCAGGGGGGCAUCCUGGAGAAACUACUCUUGUGUCUGUGUACACCUGGGGAAAAGAGAGCAAAGUUAUAACUAAAACACUGUCUCAUUUCUUAAACCUGCUACAGGAAUGUUACAGCUCCUCAUAUUGAAGAAUUGCCUAGGUCAGGGCACACGCACAAGACAAUCAUGUUGAUUAUUUAUUUUUUGACACGUUACUUUUCAAUGCAGAAGUUUGAUUUGAAUUUGCCAUAUCCUUUGAGAGCCUGGAGGAAAAGGACAGUAAAUGGUAAAUGUUUUACAAUGAUGGCAGACACUGCUAUAUAUUGAUUCCAUCAGUUUUGACAAAUAUCAUUCACACACUACUGGGCACAGCCAGCAAGGGCGGGUCAAGUGUCCAAGGACACCUUAGCAUGUGGACAGCAGGAUCUCAGAGCUAACCCCCAACCAUCAGAUUGACAAAUGACUCUACUCCACCACUAAGCCAAUGCCAGGAUACAGGAAUUCUGCCCAUCUGAUCAAAGUUAGUUUCUCUUUUAUGAUUUAAAAAGCCAAGAUGGACAACUUAUAAUCAAUAAUAAAUGUUUACCAUGUGGUUAGCCUACAGUUAGCCCAUUGCCAUGGCUCCACUUUCUUGCUAGUUUUGCCCUAAAAUUAGUUGGAGUCAGGAUUUACAAUUUGUCAGCCACUAUUUUUGGACUUCAUAAUGCCUCAUCAGAUACCAGGAGGUUUUGUAAAGAUAAUAGUCAAAUUGUUAAUUGCAUUAUUCCAUGAUCUGCCUGUUUGCCUAACAUUCAACCUUUAACCUGCGUUCUUAUUACGUCCUCCUCAAGAAAAGUCUGAAGCCUGAUCUUACAUGGAUGGCAGAGAAAUCUAGUUACUGACACUGUGAGCUAUGACAUUGUGCUGCUUCUGCUCUGACUUGCCCUCUGGAAUAUGUGAGGCAGAACAUGUUUAGCGUAUAUUGGGGGGGGGUCUCUGACCUUUUUGUGUGCAUACUGCGAAGACACUGACAUGUUUUUUUUCACGAGCUUUAGGUAGACUGACUUUUACUUUGCAUGUUUUAAGGAGAGUUUGACCUUUUUGCAUGUUCUGGGAAGACAUUGAUGAGUUUAUUUGUGAGGCUUGGACAUUUUUGAAAGUUUUGGGGAGGUGCUGAUGAUUUGUUCAUGCUGGUUUCUUAAAAGUUUCCUUGAAGAAAACUUGUGUUGUUUUACAAGGUCCAAAAAGCCCCCUCUUUCAUACAAAACAGCACCUCUCAGGUGUGGUUUCUCAGGUAUAAAGAUCUCUGAAGAGAAGGGGAGGAAAAGUGAGAGGUGGAUGUGAGAGGAAGACUCUGUGUUAGAACAGAUAAGUGAAGUGAGAGCAGCUGCUUGUCAGAGGAAGUGAGGGUGUUAAAGAGGGGGCAGAGAGAAAUAAGGGAUGAAGGUGUUGCAGAUAAAAACACUCAUUACUAGGAUGUUGCAGUUGACGACUUUCUGGCAGAGAAAGAACUAUUUGAACAUUUGGUUGAUAAAAUCAAACAGUGGGUCUUUUAUUUCUGUGUGAAAGUCAGCACAGUCUAUUACAAUUAAAAAGAGGAGCUUUAAGCUAUAACAUGCAUCAUUAAGGAAUAAUUGAAACAUUAAAAUGCAUGAUUUAAAAAGAAGCUGAAAGUGCAGUCUUGGGUUCAUCCUCUUAUAACCAUAAAUACCUGCAACUUAUCUCUUUGCACUUCAGCUGACAGAUUUCUGGAGCAGAAAACUCAUAGUAAUUAGAGCCAUUAAAUAAAUAUUCAAAAUUGUAAGGUGAGAAAAUACACAAUGUAUUUUUGAUAGUUCAACAUAUAAAAUGAAAAAAAAAAAGCUGUAUUGGUUUCUUCAUUUAUUUUUCAUGUAAUGUUUCUUUCUUGUUUCACCAAUUAUCACCACUACACUACAAUGUAGGCGCUGAGCUGUGUUCAGCAAAUAACAAGUGACACUUUCAUUGACAACCCUGACAGCUGCAAGCUUGGCCGUGUAAGAAGUUUACUUUUAAAACCAUCUGCUGUGUCCAGAGGGUCCUCAUCACCAGAUUGCUUUCUAAGCAUCUCUAAAGGUCAGCGUUAUGGAAAGCCCACCGAAUAACCUCGAGGGUAAUGCAGCUAAAGCUUAGAGGGGAAAGACAGUGAACUGUCUAGUAAGAUCCAGGUAUUCUCAUUACAAACAGUUUAUUAAAUACUUUUUAACAGUUAGUCGCAAUGUUAUAAGCUUAGUUUAAAAAUUAUGAAUGAAAACAUGCAGUCUAAAAAGGUUUGCAAAGCUGUGGAUGUGCAGAAAACACAAUUGGUUGACUUUGAUGACUUAUCCUUUGAGUAUCGGCGGGGGGUCAAGGUGCUCUACUGACCUAGAAAAGCCAACUGCAGUGUAAGAGUGUAAGAUACAGGAAAAAAAGCUUUAAGAACUGACCAGCCCACUGAGGGAAAGUCAUUUCUCAUUCUUUCUUUCUUUCUUUCUUCAUCUCAAACUUUAAAAAAAGGACAAACAACAACAAAAAAGUCAAAGCAAAAUAAUGCAUAUGUACACCAAACAACUGUACAUGUCCAUCAAAUAAGUCUACCCAUGUAAGUACAUACAUAAUAUUUCAUUACAACAACCAGUUUAAGGAGGACUUAUCCAACCCUUCCUUACAAAUCAGAUCCAAUAAUGAAUUAAAAUUAUAAUUCAUUACCAGCGGUCAACAAUAAAAAUACCUGGGCAAUAACCCCAUUUUGCAAACUUCAGUCAAUCUUCAUAGAAAAAUGUAUCUCUUUAUUACAACCAGCAAUCUUUAUAUUAACCUCUAAGAGCACAAACAAAACACACUAAUAAUAAGAAAGCACUUCAGAAAAUCCAUUGCACAUAUUAUACAUGCGGUUUUAACAAAAACAUACUUAUUUAACCUUUGACCUUAAAGAGUCUUGUCACUGCAAUCUUCUUUUGUAUUACCUGAAACCAUAAUGGCAAGAAUAAAGAAAUUCCUACAUUCAAGGGCCAUUUAAAGGGUAAGGUAAUGCUUUUAAAAGAAUAUCAAUAUUGGGAUAUUAAGAUAUUUAUCUGAUAUUUUACUGUAUUUGAUUUUAUCUUGCUUUUUUAUGCUGCUGUUUUUAUUUUUAUUUUUAUAAGUAAUAAUAAUAAUAAUAAUAAUAAUAAUAAUAAUAAUAAUAAUAAGAUAUUGAGUUAUUGUACUCAAUCUCUAAGAAAAAAAAGACAUUAUUUUUGAGAAUAUGAUCCUUGUUUGGAUGUACCAAACAAAAAAAUUCAUGAUAUAAGAAGGUCACUGUGCAGUAUUUAACUUUCAGUUUGUGUCUAUUAAAGAAAAUGUUCCUUUGUGCAUCUUUAACUCUAAGUUUGUCCUUCAUUCCAGGCUUCCUGUGCACAGCAGCAGCAGACAAGUGUUUAUCAUCUCCCUGCAGCAACGGUGCCACCUGUCUGGACCACAUGGGCGACUAUGUGUGCGUGUGCCCCAAAGGACCUGUAUGGUACACGGGGAAAAACUGUGAUGAGCUGUAUGACGCCUGUAUCUUUUCACCUUGCAACAACUGCACCAGCAAGCUAGGGACGGACGAGUUCACCUGCCACUGCCCGGAUGGUUUCACAGGACUCAACUGCACCCAGGAUGUAGACGAAUGUCAGAGUAACCCCUGCACAGGUGUCCGCUCCCUCUGUGUUAACAGAGUCAAUGAGUAUUCCUGUCACUGCCCCCUGGGGUUGGGAGGGGAGAACUGUGAGGACAACCUGACAGUCUGCUCUGAGGAAACAUGCCAGAAUGGAGGGACCUGUGUGGACAUCCCUGACAAUAGGUACAGGUGUGAGUGUGCUGCUGGGUAUCAGGGGAUGGACUGUGAGGAGGACAUCGAUGAAUGUCAGUCUGAGCCGUGUCAGAACGGAGCCAUCUGUAAGGACGGGGUGAACAGCUACCAGUGUUUCUGCGUGCCUGGAUUUCAAGGCUACCACUGUGACCUGGACAUUAAUGAGUGCGCCUCACGACCCUGUCAGAAUAAUGGCACCUGUCUGGAUGAGGUGGAUCACUACAGGUGUGACUGUGUCCCAGGAUUCAAAGGUGAGAAUUGUGGAUUUGUUUGUUUUAAAAUACCUGCUGAUGAGCUGGCAUUCAAUAGAGGUUAGGACAUCGAAAAUAGUUAUCAAAUGGAACAAUAUAGCGCUCCACUUUCGUCUUUAAAUUCUGUAAAAUAUGACAUUAAAGUGUCUGUAAGUAACAUACAUGCAGACUGGCAUUAAUUUGUAGGGGUGUCCCGACACAACUUUUUUUACUGCCGAUAUUGUAGCCUUCAGUAUUGGCCGAUACAGAUAUUGAUGCGAUAUUGACACAAAAAUUAGCAUGACAAGUUUUACACUCGGCUGCAAUGUCUUUUUCAGACUUGAACUAAAAAUACUGCCACACCGCCGACAUCACUCCUACUUCUUUCUACUUUGUUAGUACCUUAUUACACGCUGUUGUUGUGAUUACAUGGGCUCUGCAUGCUGGAUCAGGGUGCUGCUAGAUAGAGGUGCUGGAGCGGAGUCUGGAAUGGACUGCUUGUAUCGGAGUGCUGAUAUCGGAGAUCUUUGAUGCAGGCCGAUAUAAUCUGAUAUUUGCUUUUUCUGCUGAUAUCUGACCAAUAUCCAAUAUCAAUAUCGUAUAGAGACAUUCCUAUUAUUUUGAAUUACACAAUGACUCUUUUACCUCUUAUUCAGGGUUUACUUGCAGCUAAAACACCCUGAGAAAAUACUGCUGUAAUGGAUGAACAAAGCAACCCUUGCACUAACCAACUAAAACAAAUGAUAUUUAUUCUUAGUUUUAGUAUCUUACUAAGAAGAUAAAUAUUUGUCUUUAUGAUUCAACCUUUUACUUCAAUACGACAGGGCAUUAUGCAAUGCUAUUGGCUAAAAUAAAGUGGCUGGUACACAUUGGAAUCCACCAGACACAGUGGGUGGACUAUAAAGAUAAUGUUUUAAUUAAAAAUAAUAAUAAAAAAACUGUAUUUGCACUAAUGCUGCCUCCUGAAAGUUGUUCAGUAUAUUUUAUAUCUUAUCAUACAUAUCAUUAUCCAAUUUUCUUUAAAAUAUCAUAGUAUCAUUUUGAGCUACAUUGUGGUAUCAAAACAUAGGGGACUUUAAAUAUUUUGCUCUAGUGUGUUCAUCCAGCCCUGACUGAAACUUAUGCUCUGUAACAGUAGUCAGGGAUUUUCAGUUUUAUAAAUGUUUGUCAUAUUAUUUUGAAACAAGAAUUGAAAUGAACAAAAAAAGUUGUUUUUUUUAUGUUGAAAUUAGCAGAUCAGAACAGACUUUGUUUUUCCAGUCACAGCUGAGCUCUUGGCAGCGGCAGUGUUAUGGGUUGCAUAGGUAUGUGUAAUAGGAUAAUUAUUUGUGUGGCCAAUCUAACACCUUGGCCCUCGGCCAUCUUUGCUCUCCUGUAGGGAUUAACUGUGAGGUAGAGAUCGAUGAGUGUGAGGUGCAGCCUUGUCAGAACGGCGCCACCUGUUGGGACCAUGUGGCGUCAUACACCUGUGAGUGCAUGGCCGGUUUCCAGGGACAAGACUGUGAGGUCAACAUCAAUGAAUGUGCCAGCAUGCCCUGUUUGAACGAGGGCAGGUGCAUCGACGGGGUCAACAGGUAGGAUUACAAACACACAAAUACACCAGAGACAUUGUGUACAAUGUGGAUAAAAAUAGAGAACAGAGAUUUGCAAAUCCUAUUCGACCUGCAGUUAAUUGAAUGCACUACAAAGGAAAGACAUAUCUUCAAUAAAUGUGAUUGUUUUUUGUAGAUAUUCACUCAUUUUGAAUUUGAUGCCUGCAACACGUCACAAAAAAAAGGCUGGGGAAUCUGAGGAAUGCUUAAAAAAUGCCUGUUUAGAAAAUUCCACAGGUGGGCAGGUUCAUUGGAAACAAUGUGAGUGUCAUGAUUGGGUUUAAAAGGACCAUCCUCGAAAGGCCUAGUCAUUCACAAACAAGGAAGGGGUUAGGGUCACCAUUUUUGAACAACUACCUGAACAAAUAGCCAACAAUGUAAAAUGCCAAAGUAAUCUUUCAGACAAAACAAACAAACAAACAAAAAGUUCUACAUAAAAAUGUACAAUUUUCCUCUUGACAGUAGGAGUCAAUAAUAUCUCUAUACUUUUUUUAAUUCCUUGCCUUUUCUAGCUACGUGUGUGACUGUGAGGGGACGGGCUUCGUGGGCGACCACUGCGAGGAGGACAUUCCUGAAUGUGCCUCUGACCCCUGUCAGCAUGGAGCCACUUGUCAGGAGGGAAUCAACGAGUACACCUGUCUCUGUUGGCCAGGUAAACAACAGCUCUGCACAAAACACCUGCACUCUCCACCUGUUACUUAUGCAUAGAAAUCACAGAUGUACUAAGUACCAUUAUUCAAUUAAUCAAUCAAUCAAUCAAUCAAUCAAUCAAUCAAUCAAUCAAUCAAUCAAUCAAUCAAUCAAUCAAUCAAUCAGUUGAGCAAGUUAGAGAAGGAAAAACUUCCUUUAACUUGCAGAGACCAUGAGCAGAACCAGACUUAUGUAAAUCAGCCAUAUGCCACUCUUGCAUUAGGCUUAGAGAGAGAAUAGGGGGAGACGCAGAAAGAGAGAAAUGGACAGAGGUGAGAUUGUUGCAUGUAGUUGAAGCAGCUGGAAAGCAAGCAUGUCCACAACAGCAAUAUGUCUGCAGCAACAAUCCAGAGGAACCUAUGACAUGAUGGAGCGAAAAGCGAUUCAAAGUUCAUGAUACAGACAGAUAGCAGAUUUUUGGCCAGAUUUAGAAAUCAAUAUCUCAUACACGCCUCUCAAGGCCUCUGUAAAGUGACCUAAAGUCAAACAAGAAAACAAAGAACUUGCUGUACUUGUGUGUGUCUUUGUUAAAGUGCAUGCUGUUUAUGCGUGGGUCCAGGUUUUGAAGGAGUAAACUGCCAAGUGGAUAUAGACGAGUGUGAGCAGCAUCCCUGUGAGAAUGAUGGUGAAUGUUUCCAGCGCUCAGAUGUCCUGAAACACUGGACGCUCCCUGAACUCAACCAAGCCAAUUUCAGCUAUGGGGAGGCAGCCGGCUACAUCUGCCACUGUCUACCAGGAUUCACCGGUAAGGCAGCAACAACCAGAAACUACAAGUGUUAUCGUACAUUAAGUUAUUGUAAAGUGACAGAAAUACAGAUAUGAACCUUAUCUUUACGUCUGUUUGCAGGAGAAAACUGCUCCAUCAAUGUGGACGAGUGUGCAUCUGCUCCAUGUCAGCACUGGGGAAGCUGUCAGGAUCUGAUCAAUUCUUAUCAAUGUGUGUGUCCAGAUGGCUUCACAGGUAGGAAAAACCUCUUAUCUGCUCUUAUCUCCUGACAAAAUAAAACUCAGCUGCUCUUCCUCCACAGACACCUCACGGGUGAGUAAGACAAGGGUGUAACUUGAGUCAGGCCAGUAACUGGGGGUUGAAUUUUAUGUAGAUAAACUAGUCAGACAUGUAGGCUGAAGUAACACAAAAUUAAGACAAUAUUAUUAACAAAAAAGGAAGUUGUAUUCAUUAAAUUUAGUCUGCAAAUUGGAGGAUAAUUUCAAGUGCCAACAUCUAAAAGUAGACCCACUAGACUUUCUAAUGCUGGUGGCCAUAUCAUCACUUGGAGAAAACUUGUCACUCUGUGCAUUAUCACAUCAAUUCACUAGGACUGUACACUGACUUUUCCUUAAAGGACAGGCAGGAUAAAUUUUAGACAAAGUUGAGGUGAAGAAAUUGACAAAGAGCCACUUUGUUGUAAAUACUUGAGGAUACAUCUCAGACUUCGACGUGCAGUAGGUCACGGAGACCCAACCCAGACACGGGAAAAGCAAGUGAGAUGCUAAAUUGACAUAAAAUCUAAAUUGAGCUAAUGUUAGCUAGCAAGCAAUAAUGUUAGCCUUGAAAGUAAGGUGACCAGACGUUCCUGAUUUCAGGGGACAGUUCCCCGUAUUGGAUGACCUGUCCCCGGAAAUGUCACUGAUUUGAGCGUUUCAUGAAUAAGACCAAAAAUGUUGCGUAUAGACUAGAACAAUGGUUAUUUUGGUAGCUGAGUAGGUAGGAAGCACAAGUAAAUAUGUUGCGUGCAGUCCUGAACAACAGGGGGUUAUUACCUGGGGCGUGCGCUGCUAAGAAGUAGUACCAAGAUGUUGUCUGUUAUCAUGCAGCCCAUGCCCAUUCCUACUGCAGCAGAAUCAAUAAGUGAGUGAGAAGUGCACAACAAAGUGCUGUACUGUAAUUGAUCAGAAUUUCCUAACAUGCCAUAAGAACACUCAGAAUUCAAUUCUUAAAAGAGAAAUGUGUUUACAUCACAUCUCAAAGGUCCACCACAGUUUGUCCAAGUUUACACAGUCACACAGUUUGGAGGCAAAGAGCCACUUUGUCAUAAAUAACUGAGAAAUAGACUCAGACUUAGACAUACUUGGGUCAUGGAGACCCAACUCAGACACGGGAAACAAGGACCAAACUUCUCUUAAAAUUUUCUGUGGUGACUCGGACUUGAAUACUUAGAACUUGACUCAAGGUUUGGUGACUCAACUACAGCUAACCCACACAGAUAAAUUCAAGGGAAAGAGACUACGAAUAAUUCCUUGAAAUGAUUUUGCCUUAUGUUAUCUUAUCAGUUGAUAUAAAUGGUUUGUCUCUGCGAAAAGAUCUGCCCUUUAAACUGAUUGUGCUAGCUAGAGGCAGUGAAGAGAGAUAACCUUUUCUCCUCGCCCAAACAAUAAAGGGUUAAUCUUCCUCCUGCUGAUCAUUCCUCUUGGCCAGCCAAGGUAUUAAUUCCUCAUUAGAGGAGAUUUGUCCCAGCAUCACUCAAAACAGGAGGAAACACACCAAAAGCUGACCCCUGAAACUCACAAUCAGGACUUAGAAGUGAGGAAGUCAGCCAAUAACUCAUCAGCACAACGAGAGGCUAAUUUUCUGACUCUGUCUGCUUUAGCUACAAAAUGUGGAAAUACAGCAGAGAAGAGGGAAAGAGGGGAUGAAAGGGCAUAUGGAGAAGCCUAGAAAACAACAAAGCCAAUAAAAGGUGCCAUAUGGUGGGCAUUAAACAGGGGUCUCCCAAGAAAUUUAUCAGGGAAGGGAAGAUUACAGAAAAGCUUCUUAAAAGCCUAAUUUAAAGGAAAAAAAGAAUAUAAAGUACUGUGAGUAAAACAAAGGAUUGUCUUAAACAACCCAAGCUUCAGUCUUCUGCUGUAAACACACCAUGGUUACAGAAAACAAAGUCCGUAGAUCCAAAUAUGAUCCUUUCAUCCUUUUAUGGCAGGUGUGGCUGAGAUUGACUUUCCACGUGAGAGAGGUGGUCAUCUGUAUAUCUGGGGGUUAAACCUGCGCAGGUGGAUCCUUCUUUAUUUUGAGCUUAAAUAGACCAUGUCACUACUGUGUUUGUGGUUUCAAAGCAUCAUACAGUAUAUCUGAAUUAUAAAAUUCUUAGAGUAAAUAAUUUGUUUAUUAAUUAUUUUCAGAUUUGUCUGUCAAAACCACUCCCAAAAGUUUUUCAUGAUUUUUAAAUUUUAUCUUCUUUUUUUUUUUAUACAAUAAUGAGGGUUAAAACAUGGAAGGUUGAAAAAUAUACUUUUUUUUUUACUCCAAAAGAAUAAAGAAAAUUCACUUAUCUUAGAUGACUUGUGAACAUACCACAUAUGUGAGUUUCCUUGUGUCAAGGUCACGAUUGCUUCAUCAGUGGGAGGAAACCUAAUUCCCAGUUGGUCAUGUUGCACUUCAGCCUCUUGUGGCUGAAUCAAGUAUUACAGCAACUUAGAUUGACUUAAAAAAGUUUAACUUUUAUAUGUUUGCUGUGGUUUUCCUCCCUUUCUUCAAAAAGACAAUGAAAUAAGAAAAAAAGUAUCCAGAAAUAAAUGUGUUUACACUGGCAGGAUAAAUCCCUCACCAGUUUUGAAUUUGUCAGAAAAAGAGAGAACAACAAUUUUAAUCAGAUUGUACAUCAAACUUUAUCUUUAGUUAAAAUUGAAAAUGUGACAAAAGUGAAAAUGAUGCAAAGACAAGAUAUCAAAAGCUUGGACUGAACCAAUGUUUCGCUGAAAAUAUGUGCACUAAUCGGUAACACAUUUGAGAAAAGUCGGGAUGGGAAUGUGUUUUGUGUUAGAUCAUUAAAAAACACUUCAUGUUUGGGGACCUACAGGGUGAGUUCCUGAUGUUUUGAAAACAAAAUGUUGCACUUCUUCUUUGGAAGUCAAAUUCCAAGGAUGACUAUAACAUAUUUUUACAUUUUCAAGACAAUAAUUCUGAUGAAAGGCUGACACAGACUGGCAAGCAGAUGUGCAAACUUCAACACAACUACAACUAGAUCCACAUGGAGUCCGGUGUAUCUAGUGGAGCUGUUCCAGUUUUGAAUCUGCAGCGCCUCCUGCAGGUUCACUCUAGCAGAUCCUACCGCAAGUGGGCAUCCACAGAGCAGCGGAGAGCAGGGAGAGGACUGCAGCACUGCAUGCCUCCUGUCAAACAGUGACAGGAGCCAGCUGGAGGCUGGAGGCUUACUGCCUGGGCUGGGCUGGGCUGCAGACACGAGAGGAGCAAGGGGUGUGAAGGGAGGGAGGAGGGAGGGAGGGAAGGAGGGAAUCUGGGAGGGAUGCAGGAGGGAGGAAAGGUGGGCAGGGCUGCCUUGUAAUCACUCCUGCGUGUCUGUUGGGUACAGAGUGGAGGAGUGGAGGCACUACUGCUCUGUAAGCUUAAAGAGAGAGACAGAGAAAGACAGAGAGAGGACCUGCUUGUGCCAUCUGGCAGUGUGUGGAGUGUGUUGGCUGUUCACUUUGUGGAUCAUGGGGGGAAACACAUUGAUGCUGCUGCUGUGGUGCUGCUGCCGCGGGCCCUGGUGGCUCACAGGUACAGUAUAGUUCAGCACUUAAAUGCUUUGAUAGCACAAAACUGUGUGCUUGUGUUUUGCGGUUGGGACUUGGCAGGGAGAGGACGAACAGCUUCAGGGCUACUUGUGUGUAACGUAUUUUAAAGGACUUUGUUAAUGCAAGUUGACUGCUGCCGCCAGGGUUUACUGACGACUAAAACAGGACAAACAUACUGAAAUUCUGGCACAGUUUGGGUCUGUGGGACUAGUUCGUCUAUCACACUGUAUUUCAGUGUCAACUUGAUUCAAUCAGGAAGCAGAAACUGAUUUGAUUGUGUUAGGAAAUCUGUUUGAAGCUCAUUAAUCUGCAGUUUCCUGCAGUCAUUUCCUCAUCUGCAAAAGAUACUGAUAAAAAAUGUCAUGCCAUGCCUGUUCAUAUGUCCAUGUCCAGGCUUCAGCAAUCUACUUAUCAUGUGAUUGAUUAGCUGGACAUAUGUGAUGGAGUUUAAGAUUAAGUAUGAGCUCUUUUAUGAGAAAUGUAAAUGUGUUUUGGCUGCACAUCUUAUAAAUGUUUCAAUAAACAUGAGCGUCUCUCCAUUCAGGUGUACACUGUGAAGUAGACAUCAACGAGUGUGACAGCAAUCCCUGCAAGAAUGGCGCCACGUGUGAAGAUGGUGCCAACUAUUAUAGGUGUCACUGCCCUGCGCCAGAGCCUGGCCUCGAGCCAUGGGGUGGGACAGAUUGUGACGUCCCUCUGAUCGGCUGCCAAGAGCACCAGUGCCAACACGGAGCAGAUUGUGUACCUGUGCUAACAGAUGAGGGACAGCACAAUUACACCUGUUUGUGUCCUCCUGGCUGGACAGGAGAACGCUGCAACACUUCCACCACCUUCUCCUUCAACACCGAGGGCUACAUCUAUGUUCUGCUGCCAGUUUCAAACGAGAAGACCAAACGAUCCACAGACUACAACCACGGACUCCACAUGUAUCUUCGGUUCAGGAGCACUUUACCUGACAUGAUGCUGUACUACAGAGGAACCCCUGAGCGCUUCGUCUCCUUGGAGCUUGUUAAAGGCUCCCUUCAGGCCAAGGUGAAGUCAGGAAAAGUACUGCAGGCCACUCUCCCUGGACCAGUCAAUGAUGGGGAAUGGCGCCAGGUCACUGUGACCAUGGACGAGAGGCUGGUUCUGGCUAUAAAAGGACCCGGCUGUGAGAAGGAAUGCCAGGUGAAGAAUGAAGGCUACAACCACCUUAUCUUCCUCCAACCCAGCUCCUUCCAACAGCUGUACAUUGGAGGGGCGCCACAGGAAUAUUUAGCCCAAACAUCCAGCAGACGGGGGUUUAUCGGCUGCAUGGAAGACCUCAGAGUUGACCACAAACCACUUCUGCCCCAGGACCUCAUUAGAGAGGAGAACCAGGGUUUAGAACUUGGUUGCAGCAAAAAGGACUGGUGUGAGGAGGACCCAUGCAUGCAGCGUGGACAGUGUGUGGACAUGUGGGUUCGUAGCAGCUGUGACUGUCACCGGCCUUAUUACGGAGAGAGCUGCGAGAAAGGUGAGUAUACCAGGAAAUCUGUGGCUUUUUGAGUUUUCUCUACUUUUGCUGCAAAAACAGACUUCUUAACAGAAUACUUUGUGGCUAAUUAUCAGAGCUUCUAUAGAGGUCUCCAGAGCUAUGUGUGGGAGGAACUGUUAUAAUAUUUUCUUAAGUGGGUGUCUAAAGCUUCUAUGUGGAGUUUUUGAUGUUAAUGAAAUAGACCGAGGUUCAUAUUCAUGCCUUUUCAUGGCAUAGAAAAGCAAGCAGGAACAUUAGGGAACAGAUAGAUCAUUUGUUUAUCAUCAUGUUGUACACUGGAAACCGUGGAAAGUGUAAACAAAGUAGGGGAAGAAAAUGCAGGGCUUGACACAGACUUCUUUCAAAAGGAGCUCAUGUGCUCCUAAGUUGAAAAAGUAAAGAGCAAAGAAAGAGCUUUAGGGGCAAAAUGAAUAUUGAUCAAAUAAUAUGUGUCUUAUUGGGCGACAUAAGUACUGUUAUCUGAAAUCAAUUUUCUGUCUUUUGGUCACAUGACAUGGAAGCUAUUGAAGGAAAGGUUCAAAAUUUGCCUUUAAAUGUGAGUGAAACAGUUGGGCUGAAAUUUACUAUUUCCACACAAAUUAUUCACACUGAAAGUCUGCAGGUUGAGAUUUUUUUGUUUUUUCACUCCUUAAGCUAAACUGAGACUGCUUUAUCCACUAGGGGCUACAAAAUUGACACAGACUUAAAGUCUCUCACUGGAGCUUUAAAACUAAGAACAGUUUUUGGUUGAUGAGCAAAGUAUGCUAGCAGGGAAAAUGGAAUGCAAAUAUUACUGUUCCCAUUUAAAUCAUGACUUGCAUUACAAACACCGUGCAAAUUAUCACAGGAAGAUUCAUUUGCAUUUUGUGCAGAGCUGGUGUAGUUACCAUUCAACUUUCACAAGACACCACAACUGCAGUGAUGAACUUUGUGGCACAAGACCAAACCUGCAGUCAACCAAUAAAACAGUUGACAUUUUAACUGUGCUGACUGUGCUUCAUGACUUUUCUUAUAAUUUUUGGAAAAAUAAUUGGGAGAGUUCAAUAAUAAUCAAUACAUAACCAUUUUCUAUGUUUAAAAGAGUCAUGAUUUAUAUGAUCCUGGCAGAUGGCUUUGGUUUCUAGCAAGAGCUGAACAGGCUCCACACACACGUCCCCUGGGAAUGAAAGGAAUAAGCAGCCAUGGUUGUAGUAAUUUCUUGUUUUAAUGUUUUAUCAGUUAUUGUUAUGGGAUUUUACAAAAAGUUGCACAUUUAAUUUGUAGGGGUGAGAGAAAAAAAUCGAUACAGCGUAGUAUUAUGAUAUUUUGUCUGGUGAUGUAUUGUAUCAUCUCAAUCGAUUUUUCAUGUUUAUCACUAAUAUGAAGUCAAAUCUAUGAUAAUGGAAAAAUAAAAUCAACUGUUUGUCCAGUGAGGUUGGCAGAGGUGACAUCAUAGUGCAGGGGAAAGUUAGUACUACAAAUACAAGGCUUGCAAGGUGUGCUUCAUGAAAAUAAAAUAAAGUCUAAAUAAGACAGACAUAAAGGAAAGCCAAAUGCUAAAUUAGCUAAACAGUUGAAAAAAUUGCAAUAUUGUAUUGCAAUACUCAAUGUAUUGCAAAAUGUUAAAAUCGCAAUAAUAUCUUAUCAUGGCCCAAGUAUCGUGAUAAUAUCGUAUCAUGGGGCUACUGGUGAUUCCCACCCCUAUUAAUUUGUAUGGUCAUGUUUGCAGAGUUCAUGUGCAUGGCCAUGGUUGGGUGGUGCCACCUUUACCUGCAUUAUGCCACGAUGCUGGACUGGUUAGUUUCAAACAGUAUGUCCUCAACUGCAUUGAACAUCCCCUGCUGCAAAGGUGUAUGAGGAUGAAUUCAACUGAACAGGCUCCCAGCUUGUUAGUAAAACAAUUACCUAAAAAGACGAGAUAUGCCACAUAAUGCGUGACUUAAAAACUGAGAUUACACCAGGAAAACAUUUAGAUCAAUAAGAAUAACUCACAAAAUAAAGUAUGAAUUCUCUGUUUAUGGCAAUUAAGAGUGACAGAGAGGAGCAGUUAUCAUGGACGAGGUUUAUACUACAUACAGACACGCCAAUUAAACCAAACAUUAUUAGAUUAUUGAGCAGAAAAUUACACUGACAGUCUUUAAGAUGUUAUGAUCAAUCAUAUUCAGGGGUAACACUGAAUCCGGCCACUGACUAAAUCAACCCGUGAGUAAGCAGGUUUAAGCUUCACAACUGGGACAGCACAGAGCACAAGAAAAACAGUCACUAAGUCUGUUUCUGUGUAGUUUCUUUUUCUCACAGGCUAAAAAAAGCUCUCAUGAGGAGAGAAAUGUUGCACACUAGUCUUGUGUAAGCUUUGCAAAGAUAACAGUUGAACAUGGGCUGUUUGAUUUUCAUGCAGGGCUCUCCUGCAUUCUUGCUCUUAAAACUCAUGAUCUUACAACAGCUUGGCAUCUUUUAGACAAAGUAAUAUUUGUCUUAAAGUUUACAUAGACGCCAUUUUAUUUUACCUCUUUUUUUCUUGCUCUGACCAUUAACUCAGCAAUUCUGAGUCCCCACCCAAAGUGUUGAGUCAGCCACAAACCAGUUUUUUUCCACUUCUGCAUUCCAGCAGUGAACAAAGCAGAAACUAAAUAUUUUUGCAAAGACCAGAAAUGUUCAAUCAGAAUAUUUUCACCUGUGAGCAACGAUCGGAUCAAGUGUUGACAUUAAUACAGAUGACAAACAGCUUCUACCAAAUGAAAUAUUUGUAUUCUGUGUGCUGGAUUAAGAAACUGAAAAUGCUGUAUAUCCCUCUCUUCAGAGUAUCCAUCAUGGACUUUUGGCCACGAGAACACCAGUAGUUACGCUGUCUUCAACAUCUCAGAGACCCACGGAGACAACUUCACCAUCUCCUUCUUGAUGCGCUCCCUCAAACACAACGGUCUGCUACUGCAGCUCCAUCGAGAGGGAAAGCCUUACUUGACCAUCUACCUGAAGGAGGGCACUGUUGCUAUUUACAGCCCUUACACCACGCUGCUGUCAGAGGCCCAGUUCGUUACUGAUGGACUCAAUAAUUUAGUGACUGUAAAAGUGCGUUAUGGAAAUGUGGUCUUUCCCAAAGCGGGGGACCAUCGUGCCAUAGGGAAUGUGAGCAUCGAGGAGGGAGAUGUGGCUUAUGUCGGAGGACAGCCUGCGGGCAUGGGGGUGAGCGCCUGGGGUGGAAACUUCAAGGGCUGCCUGCAGGACAUUCGGCUGGACCAAAAGCACCUGAAUGCUGGGGAUCAUCCAGAAGAGGUGGAGGUUUACACAGCAAGUGUGAAGGAGAACAUUCUGCCAGGAUGCCAGAGUGACGAUACGUGCAAGGUAAACCAAAUAUACAUGUACAGUAGAUUCCUCAAGUUUGUACAAGUACCUGCAAACAAAGCCGACUGCUGAUCUGAUUUAUGUUCUACUUUGAUUUUAAAGGUGGGGUAGGCAGGAUCUGAGGAAACGCCAGUUUUUUGGAAAAUUCUUGAAUGUAAACACUACCCCUCCCAACCUGUUUUCCCUUCAGCUCCUCCUCUUCCCUCCCUCUCUCCUGCAGCAAGCCCCGCCCACAAACAGGCGCUCCUGCUCGCUUGUAUCGCUCUAAUUAAAUUCAAAUAUGAUGCAGAUGGUUACAAAUAGGGCCCAGUCAAUGUGAAAGUAGAAAGCAUUGGUGCUACUGUAGAUGCCAACAGACUACCAGCAAACACAAUGUUUGCAGGACUUCUACAACUAGGAUAAAGUGACAUAGUCCAGGACCUGAGGUAAACAGUUUAGCGGCGCUACAACAAGCAGCAGGUCCCGUUUGACAAGAAACACUUCUGUUACAGACACUUGGCUUACUUUGUUAAAGCGGUUUACCUGUCCAGCAGAAAGGUUACAGGGUCCGUUAGAUCCUAUAGCCUCCCCAAUCGUUUAUGCUGAUGUUGACCCGGCUUUUUAGAUCUUGUCCGGUUUACCUCAUUUUAAGCGCUGUUAUUCCGCCAGAGUCACCGGUAUUUACUUCGUUUUAUUGCUUGUGUUGGCAGUCGUGGCUAAAGGAGGAUUCAGACAAUUUUCCAUACUUUCUGGUUGGUUUCUGCUGUCCGACAUUGUAGCAUGCUAACUUUGUUUGGGCUCGUGAACGACACAGGUUUCAGGUUUGGGGAGGCGGAGAACGGCUUUGUUUACAGUCAGAAAGAGCGGGCUGCUCAAAAAUUUCAAAAUGUUGACUACACAGACAUAACAAAACACGGUGAUAUCAUUACAUUACCAAAUGUUAUCAAUAACUAAUAGUUAUUGACUGAUAUUAAAAGCUUUUUUGUGUAUACACCACAAAAAAAAGAUGCUUCUCUAACAGAAUCCUGCCUAUCCCACCUUUAAAUGGAGGACUUGAAAUUUUCUGAUAAAUAUUGUGUUUUGCAGUCUGUGGCUCUAACAAUGACCCAACGCUAAUUGUGUUAGCCCCCUGCAGCACUCUUUAAUACCUGGGCUAUACUGCUCAGCCUCAACCCUAUUAACACUGAUCUGGUUGUGACUACUUGGUUUGUAAGUUACUGCUCAAUCCACUCUGCUGCUUCUACACCUGCGGUCGCAUCGGGUUAGGGAUUUCACAUGCCGCCAUCUAAUCUUUCCAUCUGUGUUUGUUUCGCAGGAGGAGCCCUGCCUCAAUGGCGGCCAGUGUCAGGUCACCUGGAAUGACUUCAAGUGCGACUGUUCCAUUAAGUACUCAGGUCGGCUGUGUGAGACGCGUUUGUGGUGCGUGGACAAGCCCUGUAUUGAUGGCGUGCGCUGCGUAGACCUUCAGGAUGGUUACGAGUGUAAGUAGUCCUUGGCAGUGAUCGUCACUCUUUAAUAGAGAUAACGGAAGUCACGUCAGGGUCAUUGUUUCCCUUCUUUAGCUCUUAGUCAGACCUUCUUGGAAAGUUACUUGAGAACCAGGUUACGUAAGAGGACAACCGUUCAAUUGUAGACCCUCACUGAUGCCAAAGUAAAACUCCUUUAGAACAAAGACGAUGACUGUAAGAGUACAAAAGCUACAGUAGAUUAUCUGCUUCAGUAACAUGUUUCGGCUGUUAUUGUCAGAGCGCCUUUUAUAUAUAAGUGCAAAAAUGUUGAUGUCUGUGACAGCUGCAGGGCAGUGAUAGGUUUGUCAAAAAAAAAAUUCAUUCAAAAAUUGAACAAAUAUUGAACAGUGUGCCUGCAAAUCGACUUGUUUACCUGUGUGUAUUUAAUUCGUACAAAUUCUGCUUGCAAGACUUGAUUAAACGAUAAAAGAUGAAAAUAAUCGGAUGAGUUAAACUUAACUAAUGCAUAAUUUUUAGGGUAAAAACUUUGAGCAAAAGACAACAGGAUAAGUAUAGAACAAAAUCUGAUUUAAUCAUUUGCUGUUUGAGAAGCAGAAUGGUGCAGGAUAGACCCAGCGGAUUGGCAAGACUGUCAGUAGAAAACAGCAAGUACUGGAAUAGGCUUAAUUGAGUGCAAAACGUGCUAGAUGAAUUUCUAAUUGCAAAGGAAAGGGUUGCCUCGGUUAUGGAAUAAUAAAAAUCAAAUUGCAUGAAAUUACGUAACUGUAAUGCCUUUUUUUAAUCCAAAUACUUUCCCUGUAUUCUUCUAUUUUGAUCAUUUAAGAUUGUUGGACAGAAAUUUAAAAGUCUUUAGUUGCAAAAUUUUACUGAGCCAUUAUUCUUUUUACAUUUAUUUGAUUAAUUAGUUAAAUGUUCAUUCAAUUUCAGCAAUUGUGUUCCUCACUUAUAGUAGUGUUAAUAGUAACAGGGUUUUAUAGUGUUUGAUAGAGAUUUAAUUGUUAUUUCAUCCAUCCAUCCAAUUUCUACUGCUUUUUUUCCAUUGUUAUUUCAUGAUAUGCAAAAUGUGAAAAUAAUAUGAGUAUCAGCCACUGUCUGAGCUGCUCUCUGAUUAUCAGCUUCUGCAUUUGUAUUUCAACAUUUGACUUACAGAAAUGUCUUUUACAUGAGUACAUAAUACAAGAAGGAUAUACAGAAUACCCGGCAGCCUGAGCUGAACUGGCAGCCCUUCUUUUUUAUAAACUUUGAAUAAACUUUCCUCCUACGUUAUGUCAUAACCACGCAUUUAAAGCACAACUACUUGUACAUCUACUCUGUCCAUUUUCAUGGUGUUAGGAUGAUUUAAAGUCUACAAAAUCUUAUCUUUACACAGGUUUAACUGAGGCUGGUUUCCAGGACAACACUCUCCAGUACAUUGCUAACAGCUCCCUGUCGAGCCCUGUGACCAGCAUCACUCUGGAGUUACGGACACGUGACACAGAGGGGGUCUUAUUGCGAGCUGAAAGCAGAGCUGAAGUCUUCUGCUUGGGUCUGCUCAACUCCUCUCUGUUGGUCAAACUAGACAGCGGGGUGGAUUCAGAGCUGCUGGCCUUCACGAGUGACAGACCCAUCGCAGAUGGAGCCUGGCAUCAAAUCCAGCUGACCAUGGUCGACCCCACCCAACUAGCUUCUCGCUGGCUUCUUACUGUGGAUGGGCAGAGAGUUGGCGGCACCUAUGGUGAAGGCGGCAGCCUUGACUUCCUGAAUGACACCAAGAUCUGGUUGGCUGAGAAAUACACUGGAUGCUUAGGGGAGGUGAGAGUGGGUGGAGUCUACCUGCCUCUGGUCAAAGUUCAAACCCCCCCUCAGAUGAGCCGCUUCUCCAGAGUAGGUGGAGCUGAGCCAACCCUAGGAUGCCAUGGCUUACCAGUAUGUGAACCCCAGCCGUGCCUCCACGACGGUGUGUGCCAGGACCAGUUCAAUGAGUUUAACUGCAGCUGCAGUGCAGGAUGGGAGGGGAAACUGUGUGAGGCAGAGAUUAAUGAGUGUUCCUUAAAUCCCUGUGUCUAUGGGACAUGUAAAGACCUACUGGCAGACUACCAGUGUGAGUGUGAGCCAGGAUACACAGGCAGAAACUGCCAGGAAGAGGUAGAUAACUGUCAGGAGUUCGACUGUGUUAAUGGAGGAACCUGUGUUGAAAAAGAAGGAGGUUACACGUGCGCAUGUCCUCCUGGCUUCGUGGGUAAGCGGUGCCAGUAAGUACAAACUUUCCCUUUCUUUAUAGCAAAUUUAAGGCUCCAAUAGGUCCUAUAUGCUUGUUGUUUUUGAUCAUUAAAAAUAGCAAAAUUAGCUUUAAAAAAUAGGUUUGCAAAGUUCUGGGGAAGUAAAGGUUCUGGAUACUUUGGAAAGAAAACCUGGUCUAGUUCUAGACAACAAAAAUGUUUUAAAUACAUUGGAUGGUGAUGAGUUUUGUGUUUAAAUUGAAAGGUGGCGGUUCCCUCCAGCAGCAUGUGAUGCAAACAACGAGUGUUUGAAUGGAGGGGUUUGUAUAGGAGGGGAUUCUGGAGGAAACUGCACCUGCAAGCCGGGAUACACUGGUGACAGGUGAGAGCAGCACUCCUCACAUUCCUUACACACACGUGCAGCUCAGGAAAAAAAAGUGUGUGUCUAAACCACAUCCAAGUGUAAAGGUCAGGAGAGUGUGUGUAACUCUCUCAAACCUCAUUGAUGUGUUUCAGGUGUGAGACAGAAAUAGACGAGUGUGAGUCCAACCCUUGUCUGAACGGAGCCACCUGUCUGGACAGACUCAACCACUUCCAGUGUGUGUGUGUGCCGGGCUACAGCGGCAAACUGUGUGAGAGAAAUGUAAGUAACUGACAAGAUUUUUAUCGACUCUGGUUAUGAGUCUGUUCCCUUUCAUGUCACGUGUCAUAAAAAAAAAAAAAAAAAUUGAUUCAAAAUAGGUGUAAAGAUAGACAGAAGUUCACCACUGUAGCACUGCGUGAGGAAAAAUGUUCCUCGCUAUAAAACUACAAAGAGUUUGGGAGUUUCAGCAGCUACAGUACAUCGUAUUAUUAGAAGUUUCACGGAAUCUGGAGAGAUCACUGUACAAAAGAGACAAGAUCCCAAACCAGUACUGGAUGGCCAUGAUCUUUGGGACCUGACUCUGUAGUGGAAAAACUCUACAUGGGCUCUAAAUCAUAUUCAAAACCAUUGUAAGUGAACAGUUCACUGCAAAGAGAAAACCAUUUAGAAACAUGAUUCAGAAACACCAGCUACUUCUCUGGUAAAAGCCCAUUUAUGAUGGACUGAGGCAAAGUGAAAAACUGUCCUGUGGUUUGAUAAAAUAUAACAUUUUUGGAAAUUAUGGACACCAUUAUGGACCUAAAAAUGACAGAAAUCACCUGUCUUGUUUUUAGCUCACAACUAAAAAGCCAGCAUCUCUGAUGGUGUAGGAAUGUAGAAGCAUCCAUGACAUGGGUAGCUUACACAUCUGGGAAGACACUAUCAAUGCUGAAUAUAUAUACAAGUAUAUAUACAGCACUUAGAGAUUUCAGCAACAUAUUUAAUGCUGCUAUCCAAAAAAAGCCUUUUGUUCAGGGACGCGCUUACAUAUUUAAGCAAGACAAUAAUACCAAAUCACAUCCUCCUCCUAUAACAACAACGUGGCUCUGUAGUAGAAGAGUCUGGAUACAAAAGUCACCUGACAUGCCACUUAAAAAAGGAGGGCAUUAUGGAAAGAGAAGACAAAAGAAACCCCAAACUGUUGAGUAGUUAAAAUUCUACAGACUAAAAAGUGUGUUAAAAGCAGGUGAUGCAUCGCAAUAAUUAAUAUGCCACUGUCUUAACUUUUAUGAAACACAGGAACUUAAAAGUGAGCACAGAUUUUUUAAAAAGAUUUACAUAUUUCAAUUUCAACAAUUGAUAUGUUGUUUUUGCACUAUGAUCAACAACAUUUAGUUAAAUAAACUGCAUUUUACACUGCAUUUCAACUCAUUUUAAAUGAAGAGCCUGUACAUCAAAUUAUGUUUCUUUCUGAGAUGUUGGUCAAGAAAAGUUUAUGACAGAGAAAAAUCUAACAUCAAAUCAAAUACAUGCAUAAAUGAGAAAACAUGAAUAAUUCCAGUUGUCUUUUUAAGGGAUUGAUUUAUUAUUUUAAUCCUAUACCAACAUUGAAGUGAGACGGCUUGAACGUCUUUUUAGGUUUUAUUACUGUGACACCAAAACAUGAUAACGUUUGAUGCCGGAGAAAAAACAAAAUCGAGGCUCCCUGUAGCUCUAAUCUAGGAAACAUGAGUGUAUUUUUAUGUACAACUAUUUAAGCCAUACAGUACAACUGUUUUCAAACUUUUUGAUAAGCGCCUGAUUAGUUAAAACUGUGCAGUGGUGUUGACAUCAUGAUCUGUCCUGCAGAAAGGACAGCAGAGGGAGCCAGUCCCUUGGCUGGCAGUGACAAUCCCCCUGAUCACGCUGUGUGCGCUGCUGGCUAUCCUGGUGGUGUUUUUCCUCGUCAUGACAGCGCGGAAGAAGCGUCAGUCAGAAGGCACGUACAGCCCCAGCGCUCAGGAGGUGGCUGGAGCCAGACUGGAGAUGGGCAGUGUUCUCAAAGUGCCUCCAGAGGAGAGGCUGAUCUGAGGCCUGCAGCUCUGGGCUUGUGUAAAGGUGGAGAGUGCAAAGGGUUGAGAGAACAAAUGCUCUGCAGGGUUACGCUGCUGGGCAUCUACUGCCCUACAAGGCAGUGAUGGAGGACAAAUCAAUGACUAAUUGUCCACCUGGGAAAACUACUGACACUGAGGCCUCUCAGAUGGACGGGUAAAGACCUGAGGCUGAGAGACUAUGUGUCUUCAUUACUCAUAAGGUCCUCUUGUGGUCAAAGGAUGUUCUGACCUGCCAGUUCUCCUUCUAAAACGGAGUACUGAAGACUAUUUAAAGCUGGAUCAUGGCGGAAUAUGGCAUGUACUACAACAUGGCAAAAGGAAAUUACUUAAAUGUGUGUACUAAUUUACACAGUGGGGAAAUUCCUCGAAUUCCUCCAUACAGUCACAUAAGGAACAAGUGUUUCAUCAUUUAUGGUUCAGCAAAGAAAACAAGAGGAAUGUGCAGCAAGGAAGACGCACAUCUGAAAGGAAAUUGUGUCAAAUUACGAGGUCAAUCAAGGGAUUUCUUUGUUGAUAUGUGAAAAAAGGAUUUUUUCAUGUAAGGUUUAAGUUCAACCAGUUUCAACCACCUCAACUGCAAUAUAUGUGAAAGAAGGGGGAGACUAGUCAUGGCAUUACUCAAAAUAGAUUUUUCAGGUGUAGUUAAAAUAUGUGUACACACAGUUGUUGUUUGAACCACCAUGCAUCAUGGGAUGUGUGAUGUUAGCAAGAAAGUCCAGAGGCAUCAUAAAGAUGCCCGGACGCUGACGUUGUCGACUGAUUUCUGAUUGAACGAGCAGUUUCAAGAGUCCUUUGUGAAGUGUAGUUUAUCAUGAGUUUGAAUUCAAUUAAGGGCCCUUUUAUCGAAUUGCAUGCAUCUGAAGUGUCAUUAUUAUUUGCGCAUACAUUAGUGCCAACGGGUUAAACCUAAAAUGAGGUGCUAAAGUGUCUAGUCAUGGUGAAGGUAAAGUCAUGGGCACAGUGCUUCCCUACAAUUCAAAGGGCUCAUACUAGAGACAGAGGGUUGAGCAUAAGACUAUUACUACUAUCCUCCCUCAGAGUUGCCCAUGUGACCAAAAAUACAGCUCGAAGGGUAUUUUCUAUGAUGCUCAAAGAUCAUAGUGAAAUGCUGUUAAACAUAUCCUGAUGUAAACCGCAAAAUAUGGUUCUGAAUGUGCAUUUUAGUUCUAAAAGUAGAGUAGGGUGACCAUAUUCUAAAUUCCCAUAAAGAGGACACUACCAUGCGGGGCGGAGUCAUGGAGUCAGGCGUUGUAAAUUUCUAGUUUUUCAGGUCGGGUCCAGUGUUUUUUACGCACUUCCAACUCAGUUAGUCCACGCGACACGAGCUCAAAAAUUUCAUACAAAACCCUGGACAUUUGAAGGAUUUUAUAAACUCCCCCCAGACAAUCUUGGACAGCCCCCCCAAAAAAGACGACAUGUCCGGGUAAAAGGACGACGUAUGGUCACCCUAAAAUAGGGACCAUAGAGUAAGGUUUUUCAUUGAUGACAGUCAUGCACCAUUCAGGUACAUUCAUGCUAGCUACUGCGCACAUGACAUGAUAAAAUAACUUUUGAUCGUCGUGCAAAUGUUUGAUGAAUCUUGUGACAGAAGCAGAGUUUCAGGCAAAAUCCGCUGAAAACCUAAAAUUUACUCAAUGUCUUCAAAAAGUCGAUUAAACCUGUAUUUUUGAUGCAGGUUUGGCCAGACUUUCCACAAGGCUAGAGUCGUCUUUUUCAACGUCUUUCCAAUGAAAAAAAAGUGACCUGGAAAGCUAGUCUCAUAACUCUUUCCUCAUCAAAUUUUACAACCUAAUGUCCUUUUGGUCUUUAAAUUGGUGUUUUCAACUUUCUCUUCUUUGUCUUAGAAUCUGAUCCCAUGAAAAGAUGGAUGUUCUGUUCGUACUAUUGGAAAUGACCUCAAGAGCGCCAAGCUUUUAUGAAACAUUUGUGUAAAUAACUGCUGUGUUAUACUGUCUGCGCACUGUACGGCCCAAGAGGCUGACCACUUUUUAUUUGUGUUCUUUUUUUUUUUAAUUGUCUUUGUUUAUUUGGCUGUAAGUGAAUUUUUGUGGUGUACAUAUUUUGCUACAAUGGGCGAAGUCACAGUCUUUUUUAUAUGUAUUACUUUCAAAGGGAGCAGUAUUUAAUGGUAGGAAUGUUAAGACUGUGAACUAAGGUGGUUAGAUCAGGCAGAAGACUUAAAUACAAUCUCUCAACAAAUCAGAAAUCAUGGGUCUGCAUGACUUUCGAUCUGGUGGUAGAUGUCUUCUCUCAGCCGAGCUCCAUUCUCACUCGCUAGGGUUGUUGUUCAACUGUUUACAAUAACUUUGAACAGAAAGGAACUCUUUGUCAUUAAGAUAUUACCUGGGAGGCCCAAACAUAUGCAUUUCUUUCCUGUUAAACAAAAACUUUUCUCUCAGAAAGAAAGCAAAUAACUCUGUUUUCCUUGUUGUUUAAGUUAUGCUCUCAAAGAUGUAACGAAAAUAUUGUAAACUCAGAAUUAUUUUAUUUUAAGUCUGAUGCCACUGUACUCACACUUGAACUCCAGGAAGUCACGCCACUCUUUCGCCUUCCACUUCGUUCUGUCUACAGAAUGCUUUUACAGUAAAUUGAAGGUGCUGAUGUGACACAAAUGAAGACAAACUUUCUGUUAUGGAUUCAUUUCAAUCAACAGUUUUUGAAAGGGACGUAGAAAGACACUGGUAGAACUGAAUAUAGUAUUACAAGUCAUUUUAAAGGGGCUAUGAGGAAGGUCUUGAUCUUAAUCUGUGGAAGUUCCUGUGAAAGUUACCAAAUAUUGUUCCUGAGGGACAUGUAUAAACUAUAUGUCCAAAAGUAUGUGGACAACAUAAAUGUUGGGAGUGUAUUUAAUAGAUUACAGUGAAAUAAUGUCAACACAUUCUCACUUCUGAUCCAUUGAAUCGUUUAAAGUUUAUUUUAUUUAUUCAUAGUUUUAUUUAAUCAUGACUGAUACAAUAUACUGUAGAUGGACAAGCUCUAAACAGCCAUCAUCAUGGUGUUUAAAGUGGAUGCUAAUUUGCUGCAAUGGUCCCAAGAAGGACUUUUGGAAAAAUAAAAGUUACAGACGGUAAAUUAAAAGGGAAAAAUAGAAAAGAUGAGCAAGAUAUUCACACAUUUAGCGAUAACAAAAGCUAAAGAAAAUCUGACAUGAAUUUGGGUGGUGCUCUCAAAAUGAGGGUACGUUUGCGAAAAGUCUCAAACUAUCAGGUUUCAGGGUUAAAACCACCUUCUCAAAGAAAGCUGAAUGAGGUUCCUCUUUAGCGCGGUAGGCUAUAGAGAAUGAACAAAUUUACACAACCCCUGGCAUACUGCUACUUCUCUAACUGACUACAGGAUAAAGAAUUGUUUUCAUUUACCACAGAAGUCAGAAUCAACUGAAAGCCCCUUUAAAAUGGCUGCAGGGAUUGUACAGAUAUGAACAUGAUGAGAUUAUGUUAUGUGCCUUCAUGUUCUCCUGCAUCCAUGACAUGUAAGAAACCUGUCUUCAGUUUCUUUUGUACAGAUGAAAGCCUUUGAGAAGAAAGGGCGGUGGCUGAAACAUAAAUGUAAGGGUUUUAUGUGAACAACCCUUUGCUCUCAAUAUAUAUGAAUACUGCUAAAAGCAUUAUAGUAAUGCACAGACACAGUGCUACAGAGUGCUUCAGAUGUAAAGAACACACACAGGGGGGACACAGAGGUGACAAAGAUGUGGAGUAGUGAAUUUACACUGGAGUUGUAUUUUACUGAAGUUGUACCUUGUAGAUCAGUGAUGGAUCCUGUUCUGAAAUGUUAAACAUUUACUCCAGGAUAUAUUCCUAUUCUGGACCCUCUUUCAGACAAAACACAGAAAAAACGUGGUGCAUUCGAGGGUCAAAGCAGGACUUUCAGUGGUCUCUAAGUUGUCACCUUGGUAUUUAAAAAGUGAAUAUCCAUUUUUUUGAAAUACCACUCUUUGUUUGUAAUAAGGACCUUUAUGUGCGUGAGGAACAUUUUGUGAGCUGUCUGUAAAGUAUGAUGUGCAUAUUUUAAAUCUGAGUAGAUAGCGCCUUUGUUUGUAUAUAGAGGGAAAAUGGGGCUUCAGUUGGAAUCAAAGAUAGCUGGUAUUGAAUGUGUCUUCAGCUGUGUUUCAGGAUGAAUAAAAUGAAAGGACAUGAAUAAACAGGAAAUAUGGUGUUAAUGUUGUUAAGAGUCACUUAUUGUAUGGUAGUAUCCAACUCAGGGGUUUGCAUACUAACAUGGUUCAUGUUUACGGCAGAAAACAAACAAAUUUAGACAUUGCCAAAGUCGAGUUGGUGAUUUAUUAUGAUUAAUCACAGUUUUUUAAAUUUAUUUAUUUUUCUUUAUAAAUACUUGAAAUGCUUCAAAUUGAAAUGAACGUGAAAGCUACCAGUGGCAUGCUGCAAAUUGGAAUGAUUUCUUAAGGAUUUUGGGGGGAAGGAUUUGAGGUGGCCAAGCAGAUUUCAAGUGGGGAUGGGGCCACCCUGCAGCCAAGCUUACUGUGCGCACCACUGCACUUACAGAGGCACCUUUUAUGUAUUAUGAUGGAUGCAAACGCAGGAUUACUCGGAGAACUUAGGUCUCACUUAGUUGAAGCUGAUGUCUUCAUUGAAACUUAGUUUGGUUGAGCAGAUGAAUUCCCCUCAGAUAAACAAACAAACAAACAAACUUUUUUUCCACUGUGUAGUGCUCGCCCUGCUGCCUCCUCCCACUCUUUAAAGCUGUAACGGUGAAUUCUUUUGUGUCUCUCCCACCAGCCUCACUGCUCAGUCAGUGCUUCUCCUCCCUAAUAGUGGUAAGUGAAGUAGGACAAGCAUACUUCCCUUCCUCAUUCUCUCCCUCCUCCUUCUCUUUAUCCUCCUC